AUGGCUUCUUUGGGAUCCUUUGCCUCCCUCGUUACGCGGCAAGAGGAGGCGGAUACCACCCCAACCUGUGACACCGGCAACGAGUAUGAUGGUCGAAUGGGCCUGCGGGUGGCCGCGUUGUUCAUCAUCUGGGUCACCUCUACCAUUGGCGCAUCUUUCCCCAUUUUCGCAAACAGACACAAGGGCUUGAAAGUACCCGAUUGGGUCUUCUUCAUCUGCAAAUACUUUGGUUCCGGGGUCAUUGUCGCAACCGCCUUUAUACAUUUACUUGCGCCGGCAGAAGAUGCGCUCAGGAAUGAAUGCCUUACCGGGCCCAUCACAGAUUACACCUGGGUCGAGGGUAUUAUUCUCAUGACAAUAUUUGUGCUCUUCUUCGUCGAGUUGAUGGUCAUGAGAUAUGGAAAUUUCGGGCAACCACAUAGCCACGGCCAUGCACAUGGCCAUUCGGAUACCGACACCGAGUUGACCGCCGCAACUCAAGAAAACUACAAGGAUAACCCUAGUGCCGAGUCUGCGCCUGCACGAACUCUCAGCGCCACGUUGGGUGAGGACCAUCUCGGCCAUACAAGAGAGCACAACGACAUCGAAGAAGCAAACAACCCGCUCAGCCUCGAAGACUACAAGACGCAAAUGACGGCCAUUUUCAUUCUCGAGUUCGGCAUUAUAUUCCACAGCGUGUUCAUAGGGUUGACUCUGGCUGUUGCUGGUUCCGAAUUCGAUACUUUGUUUAUCGUCAUCAUCUUCCACCAGAUGUUCGAAGGUCUGGGUCUCGGGUCUAGACUUGCAGUCACACCUUGGCCUAAAGACCGCAAAUGGACGCCCUAUCUACUCGCUGUUGGGUACGGUCUGAGUACCCCCCUGGCCCUCGGCAUUGGACUCGGAGUCCGGAAGACGUAUCCUCCAGAGUCCGCGACCACGCUCAUUGUCAAUGGUGUUUUCGAUUCGAUAUCCGCCGGUAUUCUCAUUUAUACUGGUCUCGUGGAGUUGAUGGCACAUGAGUUUAUGUUUUCGCCUUCGAUGCGUAAAGCGAGCAUUAAAACGGUUUUGUCUGCGUUUUUCACCAUGUGUUUGGGCGCCGGCCUUAUGGCGUUACUUGGCAAAUGGGCUUAG